AUGUUGGCGUGUGCCCGCAUUGGAGCAGUGCACACUGUGGUGUUUGCAGGUCUCAGCUCAGAGGCUCUGGCAGGCAGGAUCCAGGAUGGUGAGUCAAUGUGCACAGAGGUCUGAAUUUGUUUAAUAGUACAGGACAGGGUUUUUAUUUAUCUUGACAGAGUCAGACAUAUCUUUGGGCAGCCUCUACUGGACCCAAUGGGAACUGCAGUAAAUAUAUCAUUUUACCAGACUCUAAUCCAAACACUGACAUUAGUGUAGAUGCACACUCUCUUUAGGAAUUAAAAGCCCAUUCAUUUUAACCCCAGACCAACAGGAGUGUUUGAGUAGGUUUUUGUUAGAAUAAUCUGAAUGACGGGGUACUGCAGAGGUUGACAGAAGUUAAUGUGCGGGGAUAUGUGGGAGAGCUGUCAGCUGUCAGAGAGAUAAGAUGACCCAUGUAAAGGCAUGGUGGAAAGGCCACAGUGCGCAUGAACAACUCAGGUGUGUGUGUGUGUGUGUGUGUGUGUGUGUGUGUGUGUGUGUGUGUGUCCACAGCUCAGUGUAAAGCUGUGGUCACCUGUAAUGAAAGUGUGCAGGGUGGGCAGCGUGUUCCUCUAAAGCAGACCGUGGAUGCUGCAGUAAAGAGGUGUCCAACUGUCCAACAUGUGUUCGUUUCUCAGAGGACAGAGACACUUGCUGUCAUGGGGGAGCUGGUUGUCACCCUGGAGAAGGUGAAUAAAUGUCUAACACACACACACACACACACGCACCUACGCACGCAUGCACACACACACACACACACACACACACACACACACACACACACACACACACACACACACACACACACACACACACACACACACUUGAGUUACACACCUGAUUCAAGAAGCUGGUCAUCUAGGUUCUGAUUAAGGGUUUAAAUCAUAGACUGUAAAUAAAAUGGACGCCGUCUGCCUCCUUAUUGGGUGAAGCCACGCUGAGAACAGCACCCUUUGGUGACAGGCUGCAGUAUAGGUCAUAAAUCCUGCCUCCUCCAGCAAUCCCUAUGGAGCUGUGGACAAACUUUAGAAGUUAAUUACAAAGAACAUACAUUUUGUCCCCCCUGCUUGCAAUGUUGACAUGUAGUUACUGUAAGACUGGUUUGUGCUCAAGUCCUCUUUUUUCUGUACAACUCCAUUUUAAAAAGUCAUUAGGGGGUUCAUGUUUUCUAUGAUUGACACUUGAUACAGCCUAUGGGUGUAUGAAGAUUGUGUAGCUCACCCAGGGGGAUACGCUGUUUGAGCACGGUGGCUCUCCCGCUGAAUGCGAACAACGCUACUGCGUAAGUGGUGGUUCCAGGAAGUGGAGAAAAUCCCGGAAAUACUGAGAGCAAUACAGCUUCAAAUUCAUAUAAUGGUGGAAGGCGGAGCCAAGUUUUCCAUAGUAUAUAAAGUCUAUGGUUUAAAUUCACUGUACACAAAUCACUUUCAUAGUUGACACAGACACACACACACACACACACACACACACACACACACACACACACACACACACACACACACACACACACACACACACACACACACACACACACACAACCAGUUCAUAGUACACACAAUGUCUUGCAGGUAAUACCUGACUGGUAGCUUCAGUUGUAAGUUCAGUUGUAGAGGUAUUGCAACUUAGCAUGCUCCAUCUUUCAGACAAUGUGCUGUCAGCCUGGUAUCUUUCUGAGUAGUAUUAGUAUGAGUAGAAGUUGUAUGAGAAGAACAAGUGUCAGUUGAGGCUCUGGUAGCAGUAGUAGUAAUAUUAAUCAUAGUUGUCUGUUUGUAUCUCUCCCAGGUUAACCCCUGUCAGUCUUAAGCAGUGAAACUUGUAGUACUAUACAUUAUAUUAUAUUUUAGUACCUUUUCAUUUUUAUCUUUUUAUGUGGAUGAUUCUGAAGUUGAGUAGUACUUGAUAUAAACACAAUGACAGUUAAAUAACAGUAUAAGCUGUACAGUAUAAGACUAGUAUUAAUGUGUCAUUUUUGUAUCUUUUAGGCAAUGUCCUCACUGAUUUGUCAGUCCUAAAACCAUUGGGACACUGUGUAAACUUAUUGUAGUAAAAAGUGUUGGUUUGAAAAUCAUUGAAAGACUACUUUGAAUUGAAAAGGGUGUAAAGACAGUGUAUCACAAUUGAAUUGUUCCAUGAAAAGUGUAAAAAUGUAUUAUUGUUCAGGAACAUGUUUCAUGUUCAUGUUCAGGAACAUGUUUUUUUUUCACAGGACUGUCUACACUGCAGUGGUAGUUGUACUAAGCUUAGAAGUAGUAGCAGUAGUAGUAUAAUCAGAACUAUUUGAUGCUGUGUCCUGCACGUGGUGUCCGAGCAGCCUGCAGCUAUCCUGUUGCAGUGAUAUUAGAAGUACUAGUUGUUUUUAUCAAUACAAUAGUUGUAUCUUUCAGGUGACAUCCCUUCAGUCUGUUGCUGUAAUAGUAGUCGAAGUAAAAGUAGUAGUAUAACCAUACAUUUUACAGCCUGGUUAGCCUUCAGUCUGCCCUGUUAGUAGCUGUAGAAGUAGUUAUUGUAGUAGUAUUAUCAUAACAGUCUUGUGUUGUGCAGGCGAUGUCCUGUCAGCCUGCCGUCUGUCCCCCAGAGCCCCUGGAUAGUGAGGAUCUGCUGUUUCUUCUCUACACGUCAGGUAGUACGGGGAAACCUAAAGGCAUCGUCCACACACAGGCUGGAUACCUGCUCUACACCUCUCUAACACACCAGGUACUGCUGUGUUAAUGAAGACUGAGCAUAAUUGGAUUUCUAAAUGUCAGAGUGAAGUUUUGAGAGAAUUGAAUGUGAUGUGAUAAAUGAGUCUCAGUGAGGGUUUAACUCAGUCACCUCCUUAUGAACGUCCCUGUUUAACACUGGAGCUGCUCGUCUCUAUGCUUCAGGGUUUUCAUGGGCAAGUGAAGACAAUGGGAAGCAGUGGGCUGAACACAAACGCUGCUGUUUGUCCUCAGAGUAGCGUGAGCAGCAUGUAGCCCUGCAGCCAAAUCUGCCCCAAAGCUUCAAAUUAGCUUUUUUUUCUGAUUGACAUGCAAAAACGUCUGCUUUCUCUGCAUGUGUGUUUGCAGGGAUUGACAUGAUGUUUAUGAUGAUAACUGAAUAUAAACAUAAACCAUAAUAACCUCCCAGCUCCAUCCUUACCAAAUAUUUAUCAGUGCUAAUUUCUAAAGCAGCUUAUUGGUUCAGGGUUUAAGGGGGUUGGCUCGAGACUUGUUUGGAUGAAAAAACAAAACAAAAGCUGCUUUAUCUGAAGAAGACAAGGACCACUGGGUGCAGGCCGGGGGGGGGGUUUGCUAAGUGCCACACAUCCACACAUCAGUGGAACCAGAUAUUUUCAAAAUUUGCCUUUUUUCCUCAAGAAAAUCCUGCCCACACAAAAGAUCUCUGAAUAUUUCUCUGUCCAAAAAAUGAUGCAGGAACUGUUGAUAAAACCAUUUAUUGGACCAGUAAGUGGUGAUACUGUGGAAUCAGUAUCAUGUAAAACACUGCAGACCAACAUUGGACACAAGUGUAGAACAUCCUCUUGAGUAAGAAAGGCAACAGAGGUCUUAUUAAGUGUGGUGUAUAUAUUUGCCCCCAUGCUUCAUAGUGAACACUGAUGAAGAGCGUCAAGGUUUCCCCGUAAACCUUUAUGUAAACUUCACAGUAUGUAGCAGACUUAUACAAAUCAGAAAUCACCAUCUUGCUGUAUGUACAUGUCAGCAACAAUUGCCAAGUGCAAGUGUGUCAGUGUUUCCAAAACUGGGUUUACCUGUGAACAAGAGGUGGAAAUGCAGAGAUAAAAUAUAUUCACAAACAUAUCCACACAUGUAUCCAGGGCCUGAAAAUACUGACUCAGCCUGCCCACCUGUCUGUCGAGUCAGCUGUGCACCCUAUUUUGCUGAACCUGUAACCUGAAUGCAGAGAGAGAAAUGAGCUCUUCAAACUGAAACCCUUUUUGAACCAGGCUAAAAACAUGUUUGUUUAUAUUUGUUACGACCCUUGCUCAGGGGAAGCAACAUAAGGGAGUUGAAACAACUCAAAGUUUUCUUCAAAAUGUGAAAAACAAUGGAAGGUAUGGGAGCUGGGACAGCAUGUCUGGUCUGGCUGCAGGCUGAGAGAGAGAGUGUGGAAGAGUCUCCCUUGGCUUUUAUAGACUGCCCACAGGUGCAGGUGAUCAGCUCGAUUAUCUGGUGGAGCCAGUAUAUGGAGGCCAGCAAGUGCCACAAAGGAGUCCUCAGGACAAUCAGCAGCUGACCCUGACUCCAACUCCAUCCCUCAUGUCUCUGUGUGAUUUCCACAGUAUGUGUUUGACUGUCGGGAUGGUGACGUGUUUGGCUGUGUGGGAGACGUCGGCUGGAUAGCGGGACACAGUUACAUUGUAUACGGGCCUCUCUGUAACGGCGCCACCACCGUCCUGUUUGAGAGCACCCCUGUUUACCCAAACCCAGGUUAGAAAGAACGCACACCUUCACAAGCUUCAGUUCUCUCACAGCCAAUAGGAAUGCAGAGCUGCUGUUCUAUAAUAACUCUUAGGGGAAACUGUGUCAGUGACACAAACAGAGCUGUACAGGAGGUGGAGUUUAAGUUGGUCCUGUUUUAAAGCUGUCACAGCGCCUUUUUCACAAAUGAACUCCAGAAAUUUUUCAGACAACCUGACAUUUUUCUGGACUUUCCCUCGAACACGUCCUUCACAGUGGGACAUGCUGAUAUUAGCUUUGCUCCCUCAACUUAAAUACUUUGCUUACUUGCUAAGUGUGAAUGUUCAAGACCACUUCAUGCUGUGUCCACACACUCAUUACAUUUAUGUUUGAAAAUAAUUUAGUGUGAUAGUCUGACUGAAACUAAGCUUUUAAAAUACAUGUUAACAAGUUGGAGUGAAGUCACUCUAAAUUUAACUUCUGAUAGUCUGACAUUUCAUACUUUCUCUUCCAUGUAUUCGCCUCAGUCAAACUCAAACUUCAGAUAGAGAUAAACACCCUCACCUCUCUGCACCUCCCACUGGAUUGCAACUAAACCACAGAGCACACAGACUGCCUCACAUUUGUUUUGUUGGUUUGGGAAGACAGGACAUGUUAUUGUUGUGCUCACUACUCAGCACUCUACAAUACACUCUAAAAUUCUCUCUGUUUAUGAGACCAUGACAACCAGAACUGUUCAGAGUGUUUUAAAGAUCCAAUCCUUGAAAAGCAAAGGUAAUCUGAGACUAUCACCCCUGAUGUUUGCUCUGGACAAGCAGAGGCUGCCAUCUUAGUUUGGGUCUACAGACCAAUCAGAGGAGGUACCUGCAAUCAGCUGGCCUGUAUACGUCCAAUCAGAAGCCCAGCUUUCCCAUCUCAAAAGACAAGUUGAAAUACAGAAACUCAUACUGAUUAAUUUAAAGAUUGCCCACAAAGAUAUUCUGCAGGUAUGAAUAAACUGAACCAAGAAUUGUAUUAAUUAGCUGAACAGAUUAUGGUUUUCUUAUUAUCAACAUCUGAUCAUUCGUCACCAUCAUUCCCCUGAUCCCUCACCAGACUGAUGACUUAUGAAGCUGAUUCAACACUAACAAGAUGUGCUUCAUCCAGAGCAACCUGCGAGGGCCACCCCUGAGAGCAUAGCUGUCAGGCUGGGGGCAAAAACCUGACCUUUGACCCUCCUCAUUCCAGUAAAAACUCUUUGGAAAAGUUGUUUCACAGUUUUAUAAUGAUACUUUUUAUGUUGGUGAACUGACAGCAGACUCCUCUCCACCUCCUGUCCAAAGAUGUGACUGUACCUGUCUCUGCCUGUGAACAACUAGUCUGAUAAUUUAUCAGUUUCCUCCUCUCAGGUGAGAGUUCAGAUCAGUGCAUGUGAUCAGGUUUUCACCUGCUCUGAGGUCUUUGAAGCAUUGCGGGUGUAAUGAUAGGUUGUUCCAGUGUUUUGUUACUGAUUCAUAUUGUUAUUGUGGGUUUAUUACCUUCUGGUGUAGACUCACAGGUGUUUAUCCCACCUUGUAGAUUUCACUUCCUUGUUUCCUCAGAGCUCUGAUUGGCUGGUGUUCACAGGACACAACACAACAGAAAGUCUCUUCAUUGGGAUGUGACCUUUUUGUCCUUGUGAUGUCUCCUUCAACCCUUGACCUCUUUAAGCUCAUUGGUUGGUUAACUGGCAGUUUUAAAGGUGAUAUCAAAGAGGGGAGACUGAUGAGGAUGAAUAACAAAGACUCUGUUUACCUCUUGUAUGCUCUUUAAUGACUGCAGUCCUACUCCAAAGAUCAGCAAGCAUUUCUUUAAAAAUGUUAAAGUAGGGCCUAUAACAAACUGAAAUCACGACAAUGGGUUACUCAGAUCUUUUUCCCAAACUUUUUUCUUCUGCCCCUUAAUAUUGACUCUUAAUAAGUUAAAUCAUCUAUGAAUCACUUCAAAUUUGCUCUUAAUGUUUCCUGGUCAAGAACUGGUCAGAAAAUACCAUCUCCAUUUUAAUCAGCAUCAUUUAAUGUGUUCAGUAAAGUUCAAAGAUAUUUCAUACCAAAAAUUGUCUUAAAAGUCCCACUUGGAUUAAUUUUUUUUUACUACUUAAAGUGUUCUCAGUGGUCUUUCAACUGUGAUUAUGAAGUUUUUAGUUAAAAUCACCUUACCUGUGUCAUUUUCAAGGACUUUUCUUCUGCAGAGCUCCAGUAGCUCAUUAGCAAUUCACCUCUGAGGCCCGAACUACACGAAUGCGGAUAUAUUUCGAACCGCACAUAUUUAUGUCCGAUUAGGCCUCCCUACCACACCAAAACGGGAGUUUGGAACACUCAAACCGGAUAAAUCUGAAUACGAAACAACAAGUGGAUCCCGUAUCCGUAGUCGAUUCAUGUGGUUGGACUUUUACGGAUCGAUGACGUCAAACCGCAGCUCGCGCAUGCGAAUUAAAAAGAAAAACAACAACAACGAUGGCGGACAGACAGGGUAUUCUUUACAUUUGUUUUGCCCUUUUGGGGCUAAUGUCAGCCUUGCAAGUGAACCUUGUUUUAUACAAUUACAUCCACCAGUCAGCCAGCUCACAGAGGCGUCUGCUGCGCCCAAUACUUUUAUUGGUCACAUGGUCCGUCACAUGGACCCGACGCACUAGCGUAGCUUCCGCAAACAAUGCAUGACGCAUCACGCUGUUACGAUUCAUCGGCCAAUCAGGUAGCUUUGUUCCUGAAUUUUUUUUAAGCAGCACCAGAUAGGAUUGAGUUUGAAGGCUACGUGUGGACGCAGAUAUUUUUGAGAACUAACACGUGUGGACAGAUACAUUUAUUUAGACGGGAGUACAAAAAUAUCCUGAUAAAUAAAUAUCUAUAUACGUGUAGUUUGGGCCUGAGUCGUGGGCCAGCAGAUUUGAGGACCCUUGUUGCGUGGGCAGAGACAGCGCUGCUCUGCACACUCCUCUUCAUGCUAGCCUGUAGCCUAACAUUGCCGGAGUAGUAGAAGUGGUAGGUAAUACAAGAGCUGUUCAGCUCUCAGACGUUAAUGUCUUUGAGGGCAUGGUGAAAGCUAAUGUCAUAAUUAGUUUUCUUACAAGCAUUGCAAUCCACUAACGCACACGCUUGUUCUGCUUUCAUCCUCUCUUCUUCUCUGAGUCUGGCCUGCAAAGCGGGGCUCUGGGGGUGGAGCUUGUAGUUGUGACGUAGAAAAUCUCACUGUCUCUGAACUUGCUGUUUGGGUCUGCAAGAGGUUCAAAGUGAUUUGAAUGAAGAAAUACUCAGAAAUGCAAUUUUGCACUUAGUUUUCUCAUGAUAUGUCCUGCAACUUUUGAAAAAUGCCGUAUGAACAUUUAGACAACAAGAAAAACAUGGUUUUCAUCAGAGUGGGUCUUUGACUAGACUUGUGACAUAAAAGUUACAUCUUGUCUGAUGGAACAAAGUGCUGCCAAAAUAUUCAAAGUUCACUCUAUACAGGUGAAGAGUCAAAAUCACACCUGAAGUAAAUGCUGUGGGUUUUAUCACAGCUAUCAAUUUGAGAAAGACAUCUCCUACAGUAACACAGAGGGAAAGAUCUAGUACCAUUUUAGAUCAUAAAGAGGCAUCAGUUAUUAUUUUAGUCUGGUUAAAUACCAGGUAACUGGUAUUGUUUAACGUUUUGUGUGUGUGUGUGUGUGUGUGUGUGUGAUCCUUCAGGUAGGUACUGGGAAAUGGUGGAGCGCCUGAGGAUUACUCAGUUUUAUGGCGCUCCCACAGCUCUGCGUCUGCUUCUGAAGUAUGAUGAGAGCUGGGUGAAGAAGUAUGACCGCUCAUCUCUGAGGAUGCUUGGCUCAGGUAACACUCAGCAAUGCCCCACAGUGGCUCCUGGGGAGGUGUUAUGAUGCCCAAAGAUGGUGGGGGCUAUAUUGGUCAUGCUGACUCUUACCCACAGUCACUCUUUGAUGACAGACAGAGAGGGCACACCUACCUGGCUAAGAACUACACACAUGCACUCUCUGUCAGACUUACCUUUCAUCUUUUUUCUAACAUGAACAAAUGAGCUUUACAGAAGUCCAGCCUGCAUACUUGUCAGGAAUGAGCUAUAGGGACCAAAAAUUCAGCAUAUUUGGUUUAGGCUAGCCAAGCUUAGUCCAUAUGAUAUCAGCUAAUGUUAAUAACAGCCCUAUCAGCUACAGCUCUGCCUGCUUCCUGCCCAUCUCCUUCUUUUUAUGCUGUCACAUACACGGGUGGAAGGGCCCCUCAGACCAGGGCCAUUCAUUCUAGCAAACAUGACUUAGUGUAUGAACAUGAUUCUUUUUGACAAAGUGGUCCUAGUUGACCUGGUCUUUGUUCCAGGAUUUGGACAUGUUCACUCUUGCUGUAAAUUUGGGGCUUUAUCCAGCAGUUCAGUGUUGACGUGGUCAAACCUUCUCAUAAGACUAUUUGCAGGUCCCAGCUGAUGUCUGAUAACAGAUCAGAGUCUGGAAAGAGUCUCUUCAGUGAGUUUUUACUGAUAUUAACAUCAUGAGAAAGAGAAAAAGAGUGAACUUUAUCUCAGUAACCAUCAUAAACAGUUUAUAUGGAAAGUUCCCUGAAGUGAGCACCAAUACAUUCAUCAAAAAUAUGACAAAGUUAACCCUUAAUCAUUUAAAAAAAAAAAGUUGUUUGCAGUUUAUCAGUUAAUCCUGUCAAAGUUAACCUGAUUAGCAAUGGCCCUCUGUUAUACUUUUUCCAUGCAUUGUAUUUGUAACUGUUUUCGUUUUUCUUUUCCUUCUUACCAGUAACAGGGAUUCAGGAUUUGUGCAUGGUGAAAUGUUACAGCACCAGUGUAAAGGUCAUUACACACCUGUGAAUUAGCGAAGCAACGUGAAAAAGCAGCACGAAAAUGCGAAAUAUCCGGCUUACGCUUUUCCUACACACACCUGGUGAGAUGCAAAAAGACGUGCAUAUUUGCUAAUAAAAUUUGCAACCGGGCAUCAGUUAAGUUCCAAAGAAUAAGACAUACCUUUCGCGGGUACUUCAACCCAGAGGCUGGACAAGUGCCUUGGCAAUAUGCUUGUGUUCACCAUGGUUUUCGUAUGUGGCACUCACGGGCAUGAACACAGACGCAUGAACAUUAGAACAUUGUAAAUAUAUUGUCUCCAUUAACCACCCUCUCCAUUUAUAGUAUAUAACAAUUAUUGUCAAUUAUUACGUCAUUCAUUUUUCAUUGUUUGUUACAUAUAUAUACUGUUUAUAUAUAUAUAUAUAUAUAUAUAUAUAUAUGUACACCAGUUUGACUGUUUUGUUUGAACCCAUACUGUAAAAAAUAAAAGCCAUGUUUCAUUUCUUUUAUCUUCCUCCUGCUGAGCCACUCCUUUCCUCAUUCUUCUUAUUUUUAUUGUGUCUCAUGUAAGUAUCUCUGAAGUUCUUCCACUGAGACUUAACUUUGCCCUCUAUAAAGUAGGAGCACAGUAGCAUUCAUUCUAUGAAUUGAGUAGAAAUGAACCCAAUGUAAACAAACCUCUCCGCCACAAUGAAACAAGCUAGUUUUUUUCAACAUGCAUUUUGAUUGGCCAGAUGUCUGCAAAUGUUGGCAAAACUUACUACCGGGGUGAAAGAAUUAUAGUCACUUUUUUCGCUCUGCGGAAGUUUGUUGCCAGUGUGGAAGCAAAUUAGAAAAAAGCAAAUUAUUCUCUUACGACCGCAAAUACGACCUGGUGAGUCAUGACCUUUACUGUAUGUCUAUGUGAACUGAACAAAUAAAAUAAAACAAUGAAUUACAAUUAAAACCUGUUUAAAGUCUGACUGUCCACCCUCUUCUUGAUGAAACAGAGAGCGUCUCCAUGAUCCAAGUCCACUAUAAGAUUGAAUCUGAACACAUUAUAACCAUAAAGCUCUUUAAAUGAUCUGUCUCUGUUUGUCCCUGAUCCAUUUUAUCGUGGUUCUUCUUUCUCAGGUUAACUGAGUCAACUCUGAUGUUUCAUUUCUGAUUUUGAGAUUUGAUUUGAUUCAUUAUCCUCCUGAAAACACCUCAAUUUUGACCUGAGUUAUCAGACACAGGCUGAUUACUAUAAGCUGUAACUGACCAGCCAACCUGUUAACAACACACAAACAGACUGUGUGUGUGCAGUUGGAGAGCCCAUCAAUCACGAGGCCUGGCACUGGUUCCAUGAUGUGGUUGGAGAUGGACUGUGUCCUAUAGUGGACACCUGGUGGCAGACAGGUGAGUGAUGCUAAGGUCAAAACACACACACAUUUACACACAGUCAUGCACAGCAGAUGCAGUUUGUUUUAUUGCCGCAUGUCAGCAGUGUGUUGGAGUAUAUCCACAGUUUAUUAUCAGUAAAGGGUCUGUACACUCUUCUGUUUUUAUGAGGUGACUGACCUACAGAAAGUCUCUGAUGCUUUUAUUCUUUCAUUACAACUUGUAAAACCCUCUCGAGUAUAAAACUCAUUCUCUAAGAGAUUUUUAUUAUAGAGCUUCAAAGACUGACAGAGAGCAAGUUCAGGUGGGGUUGAUGCUGUAAUGAUGCUGUUUACAGCUUUACAGGACAGAAACCAAAUCACACACAAGGACAAACUGUGCAACCAAAUCAAUAAAAUAACUAACUAACUAACUGGCCUAGAUCCCGCACAGUGAAUCCUUUUUAAUCCCUUUUUCCAGACAUGUAGGGCUAUGGAGCUGUACAAACACUUGGUGUUUCAUUUGUCUUUAUAAAGCAUAUGUCAUACUACUGCAGGUGACAGAGAGUGUUAAGGUCCUUACACACCGGGCGAGAAUUCGCCGGCGAAUUGUUCGCCUUUUUUUAAAACAGCAUAAAGUCAAUGCAAGCUUCCACACCGGCGGCGAUUUUUCCGCAGGCGAAAAGCCGCUUUUAUUUUUUCGCUCCUGUGUCGAAUUUUUCGGAUAUUCGCAGGCGAAUAUCUGGACCUGCUAGACCUCUGGCCAAUCAAAAGUCAUGUUGUUGAUGACGUCACAGACCCAUACGGCUGGAGGAGAGGGAGAAGUUUGAGAUUAUGAAUACGCAGAGAAAGGCAGCUGAGGUGCAUCCAAAACUCUUUCUAAUUACUAAUGAAGUAGUUUCCUCACAAGAUGACACUCUCUUGUCUUCCACCUCGCAUCUCCUCUCCUCCGUGCCGCAAAACGACUUCAUUAAUUCGCUUUGCAAAAAAUAUACGCAUAUUCGCUUCGCGGCCGGUGUGCAUAGGCGAAAGCGAUUUUUCGGACCGGUGAAUAUUCGCAAUUUUCGUCUCGCUUUUUCGCUUCGCUCCGCAAAUUCGCCAGUGUGUAAGGACCUUUACUCUUUAACGUUGUCCCAACAAUGGUUCCUAUUAUUAACUCUGAGUCCUCUCUGUGCCUGCUGUACUUUGGUGUGGCAUAAAGUAAUCCAGACUUCAUCCUGUUCAGUUUUUUGGGGAGACUGUAAUGUUUGCCUGCUUUGUGUGUGAGCUGUGGAGUCACUCCCAUUUACUUUGUUCAGAUUGGGUAACUGAGUAAGAAAUCAGGAUCCUGAAUAUGAGAUGAUCACACUUUUUCAAAUAUGUUUUACAUGAGAAAAAAAACUGUGUUGUAAUCAGACCUCCACAGUUAAUUAUACCUGUAAACUCUGCAAACAUAAGACAUAAGCUUUGAACCACCUCUGAACCAGCGCUAACACCAGGACCACUGGUGGAAAAGGAUGACCACCACAGUGUCCUUUUGACAUCAUAAUUUUGACCCUCUGAGACACCCCAGCCCCCACCCCCAAGCUCUCCAUUUCUAGAAAACUUCAGAGGCAGUCUGUCUGUAAAAAAUGUCUGUUGGACUCAUGUAAACCAAUUGAAUAUAAACCAAAUCCUAGAUGAAGUCUGAGAUGUGCUUCAUCUGGGUCUUUCCUCUUGUUUGUUAGCUUGUUUGGUUGUUGGACUAUUGAUCCGAUUGUGAGUCGGUCUGACUCUCUUUUUACUAAAGCUUAAACCCUAAUUUAACAGAUUAGCAGCAGAACAUCUGCAGCUCUGCAGCAGGAAAAUGAAUCGCGAUUAAAUUCUCAACACACUUACACCCCCUUCGCCCCACAGACAAGACAGUCCAGGAUCACUGACACCGCUCUAUGAGUGUGUGUAUGUAUGACCUAAUUCCUCGACAAUUACUCCACAGAGCCCUCAGUGUGUGUGUGUGUGUGUGUGUGUUGUUUUUAAAUCAGUCUCUAAACUCUCUGCCAGCUGCUUCUUUCUUUAAGAAGAGGAGAAAUCCCCAAUAAAUUAAGAAAUUAAAGGAAAUUAAAGCUGCAUGUUGGAAAAAAAAUCUGAUGCCCCCUGCUGGCAGUUAAAGGACGCUGAGUCAAAGUUCAAAAGUGGAGUCUACUCGUAUCUGUGAAACUGUCUACACAUGUUCACACUUGUCAGGUCUAAGAAUAAUCUACCUAAGUGGUUAUUUUCUGUUUUUAAUGUUCUUGCCUGUGAUUCAUCAGUUCAGGCACAUAUGGGUUAGUAACAAGGGCCAUCCUGUGUUUUUUUUUUUCUUGUUGAUACUGAUCUGAUCUGCACACUGCACCAAAGAAGUGUUACUGAAUUAAAAAACAACACAGGAGCCAUGAUGAAAGAAACGAGUCUUUUAAACCUUUCUAUGAACUCAGAAAUCUGAUUUUUCUUUGUAACCAAAACAUUGCUGAUAUACAGUUCUGCUGGAAAGUGAAAAAUUCUCUCAGUUUGUCUCUUCUCUUUGACAUUUAUCAAAUCUGUCUCUCUCAUCCUGUACAGACCGGAUGAGUCUGUAUUGCCCCUCGUCCUGCAGAGGAAGGAGCACCCAUCAUUCCAACAAUGGCCAUGAGGCCGUUUUUCGGCAUCCAGCCAGUCCUUAUGGGAGAGAAGGUGACUUGCACACUGAGCAGAGCAACCACAAAAGUACCUCUGCAAACACAAAGAAAGGAACCACACUUAAACAAAUGUUGUGCUGACUCAAUGUAAAAAAUUGAUGUAACAAUUUGCAUGGGCAUUUUCAAGUUCUUUCACCUAGUAUUGAGUACAUGCCACAAGACUUCUCUGGUUAGGCCACCUCAAUUACUCUAGUACAAGCAAUAUGAUUUUCCUGGUCCUCUACAAGCUUAUUGAAGUUAAACAGACUUCAUUUUAAUUGUGUUAAAAUGACUUUUUUUAGUGAUUCUAACUUAUUACUUUUCCUUUCAUCUACUCAGAAAUGUCCAUGCAAAUUGUCACAUCAUUAUUUUUGUACAAGAACUUAUUUAUCUCAGUCAGAAUAACUCACACAUUUAAAUCUCAGUUUUAUGAUCUGUUUAUUUAAACACCAGUCAGCACCUCACUUACAGUAACAGGACUGAGUGUAUAUUCACAUUUUACAUCAAAAUGUAACCUAAAAUAAAUCAGGAAACUCACAACAUAAAAUAGCACUGUAAAACUCUCAGAAAGAUUGAACCUAUUGAUGGUCCUGCUCUUGAGACUGAUUUGAGAGCGGACCAUGAAGCUAUUGCUGCUCAAACCUCCAACACUUUUACGAAUUGUAACUACAUUUAAAAGAAACAAAGUAAAAAGUACAGAAAACCAGUGCCAAUUAAAACCUGCCAUUGUAAAACUAAACUAAACAAACACUAAUGUUAGAGCGAAUUAUUAAGAUUACUGCUAGCUUACACAUUACCACUGCUGACCAUGUGUUAAACAGUUUAUUGUACUGUUGUACUGUCUGCUGAUGCAGUUAUUAGCUGUAUAAAACGAGUCAAAAUUGUACUCACCAAGCAAACUCAUUUCUCCAACUCUUGUAGAGGACCAGGCUUAUCAUGUUGCUUGUACUAAAGUAAUUCAGCUGGCCAAACUAGAGAAGUCUUGAGGCAUGUACUUAAUACUAGGUAAGUUUAAAAGACCUUGAAAAAUAUCCAUCCACAUUGUUACAUCAAUUAUUGAAAGUUGAGUCAGCACAUCAUUUUUUGAGAGUGUAGGGUCAUUUCGAUCACUUUGCAGUCCCUCAUAUGUCCUUGCAGUGGUUUUGCAUCUUACUUUUUUCCUUUUGGUGGUCCCAUAUACUAUGUCUUCCCAUGGUGGUUUUGCAGCUGUCUAUCAUUGUUUUACCAUCUGUUUUAUCUAACAGUGAUCACUUUGCAUCACUUUAUUUGUCUUUUUCCCCUCUGACAUCUAUUUGAGGUGAUUUUGCAUAAUCUUUUUUCACAUUAUGAGUGUUAUGAUCUGUUCAUGUCAAAUUUCAGAUGCACAGACAGACAGCAGUUGUGCACCUGUGCUUUAGAGUCUGUGUUCAUGUUGCCUCACCUUUGCAGCUGUCUUAAAAAUGGUCCAAGUAAAGAUGAGCCCAUGUGCUGUGUGGAAUAAAGAAGAAAAUGUUCCGCUUCUGUUGGUGACAGAGAGAGCCAGUGUUUCCUUCCAGUGCGCUUUAGAUGGGAUCCUCGAUCAAUCUCUGCUUUUCAUUAACCCUACUUGAUCUCUGGACGUGAGGGGUCACACCAUCCUUGGAGUGACACCCUCUCUCUUUCGAGGUUUAAUCUUAGAGUUCAGGCGGUCCAGCGGCAUAUGUUUGCUUUGAUUAACAGACUUUCAGGCUCAGUUGGGAUGAUCACUGCUCCCCCAAAUUAAUUAUCCACUAGUUUCCCCAUUUUGCCCUCUCCCUGGGUUAAAGAGCUCUAAUCUGACGUUUUUUUCAUCAGCGCUGUUACUGCUUGGUCUAGAUUAGAUUUCAUUAGGCUUCCUUCAGUUUCUCACUUCAUCCUGGGAGGAGGUCACUUCACUUUCAUGCCAAUCCUCUCAGCAUUAACACUGACUGCUCUGUGAGGCUGAUGAAUGCAGCCCUGAAGUGAUUAUUAGACAGUUUGUGCAGGAUUUCAUUUGUACCACUUAACACUGGCCUCAUUUUCCGAGCAGACAGACAGCAACAGUGUUUACACACAACACAAGCAAGUAAUUCUGAUCUGAUAUCAUAUGUCACUGUGGAUCUUUGGUUCAAUUAAAGUGGCUCAAACUCUCCUUCUUAAACCCUCGAAGGUGCUGCUACUACUUGAUGGAUAGGCAGAGCGAGUUUUCAGAUGUUUUCUCAGAGUAAAAACUGCGGCUCCACUCAUUACAAUGAAAAGUCUCUUGAAGUGAAAACAUGAGAUACAUUUUCUUUACCGAUGCCCUUUCCACUGAAAAUAUGUAUAAAACUGUUGUUUUUCUAAAAGAUGAAAAAUGUCACAGGGCCCUCUGGAUCCUCUGCCUGUGAACCAAUAUAAGACAUACACCUAAAAUACAACCUCUGGAUUUAAGUGUAAAGAAAACUGUGAAAACAUGCCUCUCCACUAAAAUCAACUCAAAUUAAUGCCCUUUCAUUUGAUACUAAACAUUAAGAUGCCAUAAUAUAACUUCAUUAAAUGUUGUAUGUUCAGUCGACAUGCAGGGUUUGUGAGUGAAAUCUAGUAGCCCAGAAUUAUUGUUUAUUAUUUAAUUUAAAGCGCCCAUGAAGAGUUUUGAUCAUUUAUGACACAUUCAAUUUCCACAUUGAUGCCAUUUUAUGCCUGACAAAAAAGGAUAAGACCGUCAGGGGAAAGAUUGAUGAUCUUUUUAAUUUUAAUGCCUUGAACUGGUGUGGGGAAGUAGGUGUCAGCCUAGCAGCAGAAGAAACAGCACAGUUUAUAUGUUUUUUAGCUUGAAAUAUUCACAAUAAAUGAUGAAUUUGACUCUCAAAAGUCUGUUGGAUGAGAGUUUUGGGUAAAAUCACUUUUCAGGAAUGUCGAGAAAAGGAAAUUUAUUUGGCUGAAACAUCUCAUCUCCUAUUUACACAAGAAUUAAACAGUCUGAUGUCUGUGGGUACAAAAGAUCUUCAAAAUCUUUCUGUCCUGCAGUGAAGAGAGAGGAGCCGUCCACUACUGUUGUUUUUUGGUCCAUCAAGUGAUGGACUGAUGAUACAAUUGAUGAUCCAUGCUCUUUAGAAUAGACUCCACCUUCCUUGGUCUACAUCUCUCCACCACAUCCUCCAGUGAGUCCAACUUGAAUCCAAUCACAGAGCCAGCCUUUUUCACCAGUUUAUCACCAUAUUGAGUCUGUAUCCUAGCGAUUGUUUCAUGAAGAUCAUCACAUAGAAUCUAGCCGUUGCCUUAGGUGGGAUGUAAACAAGAAUUCUUAUGAUAAGACUGAACUCCCUUGGAACAUAACAUGGCCAAAGGUCAACUGCCAACAGUUCAGUAUCUGGACAACGCAACAUAACUGACAGUUAUGUGUGAAGGGUUACACCAUCUCUGGUUGACGAAUGAAGCCAGACCUCCUCCUUUCUUCUUGCCACUAGCUUGAGCAUCUCUGUCUGAUCUUAUGAGAGUGAAGCCAGGUAGAUCCACACUGGAGUCCGAGUUGUUUUGAUUCAACCAGGUUUCAGUAAAACACAAGGAGACUGCACUCACAGUAUGCUUUCUCAGUCUUCACCAAGAUCUCCAGCUUUAGUUGGGCAGAGAGUACAUGUUUCCCAUAAUGACUUAUGGGAGAAAGGGUUUAUAUCUCCAACCCUUUAACUUUGCUUUCACCUUUGCACCAGCACAGUAACACACCUCUAGAUGUCCUCUGGAACCCGAUACUGUCAUCCAAACCCGCUCAGUCUCAAUAAAAGAAGUUCUUCCUUUCUUGAAUAAACUCUUCUCCUGGCAGAAAUACCAAUUAGCAGUUGACAGUACAGCAGUAUAGUACAAAUAUAAAAAAUAGAGCGAACAUUGCGGAAAAUUCAGAGAGACCAGACUUUGCUGCUACUUGGUUGAGGUAUUGUAUUGAAAAUCUAUUUAAAAAAAUUCAUCAUAGGAGCUUAAAUAAUCAUUACUAUUACUGAGGGGUAAUUUUCAUUUGCUGCUAAUUAUUUAUCAAUAAUUCUUUUUCUUUAACUAGAUUAAAUUUACACAGCAGAAUAUAAGGGCCACAUUAAAGACAAAAGUUUUUGAAAUUAUGAGAACACUAUUAGUAUAAGAUAUGUUACAAAAGAAGUUUUUAUGUUAUGAAAAUUAGGUCUUGAAAUUAUGAGAAUACAGUCAUCAUGUUAUAAGAAUAAAGGGGUGACAAAUUCAUAGUUGUGGUAAAAGGUGAGUGGCCAGCUGUCUCUAUCAAAAUGAGGAAUGUGGAGGAAAGCUGAGACAAGUGGUAUCUGCCUUCCUGACAGCUUUAUGCGGCUAAUCUGUGACUUAAAUAAUGACUGAAAUCUCUACAACUUAAGUUUCAAAUCUUAAUAUUUUCCUAAUAUAGGAGUUCUGCAAGUUCUCAAAUGUUGAGCUCACACUAACAAGUUUGAACGCAAACAAAAACACAGCUACAGCGAACAGGUCAUACCACAGGAUAUGACUUUAAUGCACUGGGGCUAAUAAGCCUCAGGUUUUGCCCAUGUCCCAACAACAAAACAAUGCUAUCUGACUGAGGUUAAUGCUAAAGUUCAAAAUUCAUGGGAUUAUUCUCACAGAUUAGGCUAAAGACCGCCACCUUGAACAAUUAAAAUUGUAAAUGUAACCAAAGCAGGUUUCAUGAUGACUUUAAACGCUGAGGUUAAACACCAAUAAUAACUGAGUAUACAUGUACAGUCUUAUUCUGUAUAAUGUAAGUGUGAUGUGUCUGUAACACACUGUGUGAUUACAGGGUGAACCUCUACAUGCUAACUCUGUCAGUGGAGCUUUGUUUCUCACCCAGCCGUGGCCGGGGAUGGCUCGAAGCAUCUAUGGAGACCACCAGAGAUUCAUUGAUACGUAUUUCAAACCAUAUCCUGGUCAGUGAAAUAAAUCAAACUGCCGCAAUUCUUUUCUGAUCCCAGGCUAUGAACUUUUUUUUUUUUGUCCUGUCAGGUUGUUAUUUCACUGGGGAUGGAGCAUACCGCUCAGAGGACGGCAACUACCAGAUAACUGGACGGAUAGAUGAUGUCAUCAAUGUUGCCGCUCAUCGUCUCGGGUCGGCAGAGAUUGAGGAUGCCCUGGUUAGACUUUUUUUCUGUAAAGCUUAGAUUCUCGUGGCACAUCUAUCUUCAACGCUUUAACAGUGUUGCUCAGAAAACAGCAAGUUUCUCCAUCAGCUAUUUCAUCUCAAAGUCAAUGCUGAGGUGCACAUAGAUGCAAAAUGUGCAUCGGGCUAGUACGACAGAACAGUUUCUACAUUGUUACUAUAAUGUUUCAACUUCCACACAGCUCAAUGUAGGAGUUGUAGAUGCAAAGAUGGUGUUAAAUCCACUGAAACGAGGCACAGCAGGCACAAAUUAUUUUAAACUCAAGACGUGCUGACAGACAAACAUGCUCAAACAAAGUUUCCCAGAAAAGUUUCUAAAGAUUGUUAGACCAUUCUGUAACAAACCAGGGUUCAUUCAAAGUGGACCAUAUGGCUCUAGUUUUAAUGUGCCAAUCCAGGUGAGUCAGUGAUGAACCAGAUUGAAACUCUUUUUGAGCUCACAGCUCAACUAUGUGAACUGGCUGAGGCUUAGUUAUGCUCCCUUCCAUCCUGUUUUUCAAACUGUAUCAGAGAGUUUUAAUCGAAACCUUCCUAAAUGUAGCCGCAUCACACAUAAGCCUCCAGGUUUGCCGAUAUUUUGGUGUUAAAUGUACUCUUUAUGGUACUGUUGUUGAUUCACGUGCACUUACAUUCAGCAGGUUAGAGGAGAUAAAGUCACUCCACAAAGGCCACUAUGUUUUCUGUUUCCUUAUGUUUUGCCCUGACUCUGUUUUAAUGCUGUGUUUGGUGUCUCAGGAUGAGCACCCAGCUGUUCUAGAAACCGCUGUGAUUGGUUACCCACAUGACAUCAAAGGAGAAGGUGAGUGCUCAAACACAUGUGACACUCCUGAACUCCCAUUAUCCUCUGCUGUUUUUAUGUAAUUGUGUUAAAUGGUUGUAAAGUGUUUGGCCAAUGGAUCAUUAGGAGACAAAUGUAAAAAUUAAACUCUCAGGUCCUUCAAAACAAAUGCACAAGGGCAGUGUGUUUUCUUUUUGUGGAAGACAGUCAGGAACUCAGAGCAAGAACACAGAGACAGGAAACAAUUAAAUAUGAUAAAAGUAUGGCAGAUUAGCUUUGACAAUUCAAGAAAGAAUCUCUCCAAUAAAGUAUAAAUGACCAGAGAGUUACAUUCAUAUCAAAUAUUUUCAUGAUAUCACCCUUUCUGUCUGCUGUUUAUGUCAGCAUGUUGUUAGUUUUUUUCUGUUAUUGAUCAAAUUGAUUAAAGUGCCCUUUUUAUUAAAAAAGGCAUCUGUGAUUCAGCCUCAAUAGUUUGUUUGUGAUUAUUGAUCUGCUGAACUUCAGUCAGAUCAGACGCAGCAAAGUGAUCUCACACUGAAACUGAAGAACAUGACACCAGUUUGAUUUAUAACACUCUGCUGCCCCCUGCUGUUCUUUCUUUCCUCCCUUCUUUUCUGCCUCCCAACCCUUCAUCAUUCUUUCAUUUCAUCAUUCCAUUUUUCCUUCCUUUUUUCUACCGUCUUUCCUUUUUACCUUUCUUUUCCCCUCCAUCCCUCUUCUUCUUCCUUCUUUCCAUUCUUCCUUUCUUUUUCUACCUUCCUUCCUUUUUCUUUUUCUUUUUUCUUCCAUCAUUCCUUAUUCCUUCCUGCUUUUCCUCCUACCUUCCUACCUUUAGUUCUUCUUCUUUCCCACCUUCUGUCUUUUCUUCCUACCUUAAGUUCUUCCUUCCUUUUUCUUUUUCUUUUUUCUUCCAUCAUUCCUUAUUCCUUCCUGCCUUUCCUCCUACCUUCCUACCUUUAGUUCUCCUUCUUUCCCACCUUCUGUCUUUUCUUCCUACCUAAAGUUCUUUCUUCCUUCCUUCCUUCCUUCCUUCCUUAAGUUACUCUUCAUUCCUGCCUUCCUUCUUUCCUCCCUACCUUUCUUUUCUAUUUUCUUACGCUUUAUUUUCUUUAUACUUUUUCUUUUCACCUUGUCUUCUUUUUCCUUCUUUUCCUUCCUUUCCUUUCCUUUCCUUCAUUUUUUCCUCUUACUACCUUUGUGUAUACUUUUGCACUCCUUGUGUUUUUUUUGUCUUUUUCUCCAUUUUAUCAUUCCCAUUCUUUGUUUAUCUUUCCUCUUCUUCUUCAGUUCUUUCUUCCUCCCUUUUUUCUUUCUCCCUUUACCUUCUUUACUUGUCCUGGAUUCUUUCUUCCCUUUAGUUUUUUCCUUUAGUUGUUUAUCUCUCUUUCCUGUUUUUUUUAAAAUCUUUUUUCUUCUUUACAUCUUUGUUUCACAGUUUUUAUCAGUUGCUUUGGUGCAUUUCUCACAUCACUAUUAACAUUUGCACAAAAGUUGGUGCAUUUCUCAAAAAAAUCAGUACAAACAGCAAAACCUAGUUGAUGACCUGCAAAGGUGCGUCUCUUUUACUCAAAAUAGAUAGUUGGCUCCUUAAAAGCAAGUACUCAUGUCAAUGACAGUGUCAGUAAAUGAUCAAAAUACAAGUCCUGACAGCAAUGUUUCUGAACCAGAUAGUCAAAUGACUUUGUCAUGUUUUCAUUUUGACAGUUUACUCUCUGUUUUCAAAUGAAAAAAAAGUCAGAUCUUGGUGACACUAUCAGAUGUACAGAUAUGUACAGAUAUUUGAAAACUACAGUAAAUACACAUUACUGUAUUUACAUAGAGGUAACACUAUAACAGCGCUUUGUAUCUUUCUCAACCUUAUGGCAUUGUUUGCAAUCAUCAAUCUACUAUACAGUAAAUAUGUGCUGUAAGUAAGCUGUAAGUAAAUGUAAAAUGUAAAAAGUGACAAGUUCUUGUCCCACUGUGAGCUUCAUGUAUAACACAAUAACAGUAGCGUAGUGCAGAUUGUUUAGUACUGCAUUACUGUCUGAUAGACACACUUGUUCUUCUAACCAAAUGUUUGAAUAAUUGAAGUUACAGUGUUUUUCCCAACGUUUGGCUGAUCCCUUUGGCCAGCCUGAGCCCUUCUGAGGCAAUUCAUGACAGUAUGGCCUACAACUGUAGCCCCAAUUUCAUCAGGAAUCUGCCCAUGUUCUCUGCCUCUUCUUCCUCUUCCCUAUUUUGUCCCACCUCCCCUUUCUCCCCACAUCUUCACCCCUCUUCCACCACACUGGCCUUCCAUUACUGUGUCACACUAUUGUAGAAAUGGUUCAUACUAUGUCCUGCUUGGCUCAUGUGAGGCCUCAUGGUAUUCAGCUCUGAGUGACAGUGGAGAAGUGGCUUAUCAUCGGUUGCAACUACUGCUUCACACAGCCCUCCUCAACAGUGAAGGCUGAGAUUCACCUGAGAGAAGUUGUUUAUUUUAAAAGACAUUUUCAGGAAAAAAGAUAAAGAAAUGUAUGAAAUUUGUCUGAUGGAUUUUGAGGACUUGUUCAAUAUUUUUGUAUGUAAUGACUCAAGCAAUGAAAUGGGGGUAUUAGUUUUGUAGGGAAUGACGAUUCAGCAUUCAUAAGUAUAGUUCAUUUUGACUGACAUGAUGGAAGCAUAUGAUAAUGUUAAACAACAGCAGAGAAUUGUAGGACAGCAAUUGAUGCAUGUCCAAAAGAAUUUGCACUUUGAUGAAAGGAAUGAAAAACUGUUGCUAUGAUGUGCACAAAUCACACAGUGUUGUGGAUUGUGGUUAAACCAACUGCUGUGCAAAUGUUAAUAGUGAUGUGAGAAAUGCACCAAAGCAACUGAGAAAAACUGUCACUUCCUUUACUGUAGAAAAGCUUGAGUUGUUUUUAUGAAGCCGCAUUUACCUUCUGUUUUUUCUUCAGUGAGUUAUUCAAUCUGAAGAUGACAUUGAUGACUAUGGCUUACAUAGAAAACGUCUGUCUGUGCGUGUGUGUGUGUGCGUGUGUGUGUGUGUCUGUGUGUGUGUCUGCGUGUGUAGUACCGUUUGCCUUUGUUGUUUUGAAGGAGGAAUUUUCUGAUGACCCGCCAGCCAUCCUGCAAGAGCUCAGAGAGCUGGUCACCACAAAGAUUGCCAAAUACGCAGUCCCUGAGCAUUUCCUGGUGAGACCCUGCCUACCUCCAAUUUUCAUGGAAACAAAUUCAUCUCAAACAAACAUUUUGUACUCUCAUGAGGGUGAAAGAGAGUCAGUAUGGCGAAUGGGGUGGAAGAACUCUGCUGUUCAGGUGUGUCUCACCUGUUUGUCUCUCAGGUGGUGAAGCGGCUCCCAAAAACACGUUCUGGGAAGAUCAUGAGGCGAAUCCUCAGGAAGGUUGCAAUGGAGAUGACUGGGGACCUGGGCGAUGUGUCGACUCUAGACGAUCCAUCUGUGGUCAAAGAGAUCAUCGAGGCCCACAAACUCUACAGGAAGCAGAGAGGAAAACUGUAG